AUGGGUUUAUGUAUCGGAUCAUUAGGUUCAUCCGUUGCAUGUUGCUUUGGUAAUGCAUUUUGUUCACUUUGUUGUGCUGCAUGUCCAGCAAUGAAAGGUUCAACUUCAUCACGUAUUGCUUAUGGUCUUAUUCUUCUUGUUGGUAUAAUAACAUCAUGUAUUAUGUUAAUACCUGGUCUGGAAAAUACUUUAGCAAAAAUUCCAGCUUUAUGUUCUGGUGGUUCAAAAUUAACAGAUGUUGUUAUGCCUAAAAUUCCUUCAAUUGAUUGUUCAAAAAUUGUCGGAUUUUUAGCUGUUUAUCGUCUGUCAUUUGGAAUGACAAUUUUCUUUUUUAUAUUAUCAUUACUUAUGAUCAAUGUAAAAUCAUCAAAAGAUUUUCGAGCAAAAGUUCAAAAUGGUUUUUGGGGAUUUAAAUUACUAAUACUUGCUGGUUUAGUAGUUGCUGCUUUUUUUAUUCCAAACAAUGGUUUUGCUCAAACAUUUAUGGUUAUUGGAUUAAUUGGUGGAUUUAUGUUUAUUCUUGUUCAAUUACUUUUAUCAAUUGAUUUUGUUCAUUCAUGGAAUGAAUCAUGGAUUGAUCAUGUUGAAUCUGGUUCAAAAAAACAUGGUUAUGGUUUAUUAUUUUUUACAUUUCUUUUUUAUGCAUUAUCAAUAACUGGUAUUGUACUUUUUUAUGUAUAUUAUGCUCCUGAUCGGAAUAUCUGUCGUUUACAUACAUUCUUUAUAUCAUUCAAUUUAUGUUUAUGUUUCAUUUUCUCAAUUAUAUCGAUUUUACCACGAGUAAGAGAAUAUAAUGCAUCAUGUGGUUUACUUCAAUCAUCAUUUGUUAGUCUUUAUGUUGUUUAUUAUACAUGGUCAGCAAUGAGUAAUAAUCCAGAUGAACGAUGUAAUCCAAGUAUUCGUUCAUUAAUUCAUCCAACAAAUUCCACAACAACACCAAGUCCUAGUCCAACAAGACAACAAAACUUAUUUGAUCCAAUAACAAUAAUUGGUUUAAUCAUGUUUGGUAUUGCACUUUUUUAUUCUGUUUUUACAACAUCACGUAAUAAUCGUGCAAAAAAAUUAUUUUUAACUUCAUCAUCAAAUGAUUAUUCAACAAUAUUAGAUGAUACCUCUGUAUCCGAUGAUAGAUUAUUAGGUGAUGAUGACGAUAAAACUCAUCAACAGGUUUAUGAUGAUGAAAGUCGAUCAGUUAGUUAUAGUUAUUCAUUAUUUCAUUUUAUGUUUGUACUUGCUACUUUAUAUGCAAUGAUGACAUUAACUAAUUGGUAUCAACCAGCAAAAAAUUUCAGUACAUAUAAUAAUAAUUUAGCAUCACUUUGGGUUAAAAUUGUAUCAAGUUGGAUAUGUGUCGUUUUAUAUAUUUGGACAUGUAUUGCACCAGCUUUAUUUCCUGAUCGAGAUUUUUCAUAA